UUCACUCAAGGGUGUGUUGACAAAUCAGGCCCAUGUCUACGAAGCCCAAUACAGUUUUAUUCUUUGGCCCAGUGAAGUACGGCUGUAAAAUGAAGAAGCAGAGCGGUUAAUCUGGUAACUUCUGCCCACCAGAGCUAACUAACAAUGAACAGAGCUCUAAUAUCCGUUGCUAAAAGAGCAACAACACUUCACAACUCACCUUCUCCUCCUCCCAAUAGUAAACUUUUUGUUGCAGGUUUGUCAUGGUCUGUCGACGAGAAAUCCUUGAAAGAUGCUUUCUCUUCCUUUGGAGAGGUCAGUGAAGUGAGGAUAAUGUAUGACAAAGAUAGUGGUAGGUCGAGAGGCUUUGGGUUUGUCAAUUUUUCGAAAGAAAAUGAGGCUGUAUGUGCAAAAGAUGCCAUGGAUGGGAAGGCAUUGUUAGGUCGACCAUUGAGAAUAAGCUUUGCUCUUGAAAAAGUUCGUGGCGGACCUAUUGUUGUUCCUCGCCUUUCCAGUGCAGGAGAUAAUUCCAAUCGCAAUGCUUGAACUCCUUAUUGAGUGUUUUGGCUCAUGGUAAUGGCAUAGUGCUGUAGUACUAUGGACUAUGAGCUGCAAUUGUAAACCAAUUGGAACUGGAUUAUUUGAUAAUUGUGGCCUUGGGAAAACUUGUCUACUUGUAAUGUUCUGUUUGGAACUGGAAAUUAAAAUGAGUAGCACAGGAGAAGAGUGAUAGGAAUAUCAUAAUUGUUCAUUCACUCUGAUAAAUACAGAGAUUCCAAGUUCCAAAUUGUACGGAGAGUAGCAAAAAUUACUAAUACUAAAGCUUUCUUAUUUGCAGAACAGAUGCAACUACCAAUUAAACUAUAUCUUAACAGCCUUAUUUUAUUUA